CUGUCCCCCUGGGCCCACACAUCCCCUGCUCCUCACCUGUCCCCAGCCAGGGGCCUCUACACAGAGGGCACCACAGAGGGCAGGGCAGCCGAGCGCCAAGUCUAUGGCUGUCCAUACUCCUCCCGUCCCUUUGGGGCUCAGGCAGUGCUUUUGGGCGCUCUCCUGGGUGGGAUCUUGUCCCUGCCAGGUGGAGCAAGGCCACCUUGCCCAGCCUGAGCACGUGGCCAUGGUCUCUGCAGAACAACGUGAGCUUUGUGGAUGACAGCUUCCCUCCCGGGCCUGAGUCUGUGGGCUUCCCCGCGGGCGACAGCGUGCAGCAGCGCGUGAGGCAGUGGCUGCGGCCCCAGGAGAUCAACUGCUCCGUCUUCAGGGACCACAGGGCUACGUGGUCUGUGUUCCACACGCUGCGACCCUCAGACAUCCUGCAGGGGCUGCUGGGGAACUGCUGGUUCCUAAGCGCCCUGGCGGUGCUGGCAGAGCGGCCGGACCUGGUGGAGCGGGUGAUGGUCACGCGCAGCCUGUGUGCAGAGGGCGCCUACCAGGUGCGGCUGUGUAAGGAUGGCACGUGGACCACGGUGCUGGUGGAUGACAUGCUGCCCUGCGAUGAGGCCGGCUGCCUCCUCUUCUCACAGGCGCAGCGGAAGCAGCUGUGGGUGGCCCUCAUCGAGAAGGCACUGGCCAAGCUGCAUGGCUCCUACUUUGCGCUCCAGGCGGGCCGCGCCAUCGAAGGCCUGGCCACGCUCACCGGCGCCCCCUGCGAGAGCCUGGCGCUGCAGGUCAGCUCCACUAACCCCCGCGAGGAGCCCGUUGACACUGACCUCAUCUGGGCCAAAAUGCUGAGUUCUAAGGAGGCUGGGUAAGAGGGGGGGCACUGCGUGGUCAGCCGCGUUGGGAGGAGAGGCGAGGCGGAGCGGUGGGAGACGUGGGGCUGGUGGCCCCUUGACCCGGCCCCGUGUGGCCAGGCCACAGCCCCCAUCACCUCCCCCUCCCUGGGUGGGUCUGGAGCUGGCGUUCUCAUGCCAGGAAGGCCACAUCCUGGCCCAGGCUGUGGGGCGAGCCCGAUGCUGUCACCCCCUCAGGGCAGGUGUGAGGGGCGUGUUAACUUUGGCCACAGCCUGGUCAGCGGGUCUGUGCCUUGAGCCCUGGAGGCCUGCUGGGAGUGGCCCGGUGCGAGCACCUCGAAGCUCCCACAGCCCUCCUCAGCUGACCCUGGGCAGUGCCACUGUCCGCCCGCUGGGAGCCACAGAGCCCAGAGCCAGCCCCUCAAGGCCUCCAGGGGACCCAGGCCUGCCACCCCUAAUUCAGGCCCUGUGUGCCUCAGGCACGGUGGAGGAGUUGGUCCAGACCCUCCUGGACACACUUCACAUGCUCCCUACAGGCAGGCGUGGGCCCUCCUCUGCUGUACCUGCCUGCCCUGGUGGCAAGGCCCCGGUCAGUGAGGGCACCAGUCAGCAAGGCCCCCCAGUCAGUGAGGGCCCCUCUCAGCCAUGCCCCUGGUCAGUGAGGGCCCCGGUCGGUGAGGGUCCCCAGUCG